AUGGCUGUCGGGGUCAAACAAAUGCUGGAUGGAGAGCGCCUAGACUCCAAGCCUACACCGAAGUUCGAAAUUAUGAGCCCUGCUCAUAUCAACACCAGCCCUCGAGAUGCGGAUCCUUGCCACGGCGAGAAGCGUGCGGGCGGUACUCGUCUCGAAGACAGCCUGAUGGACGGGCAGAAAGGCAUAAAUUCGCUCGGAAGGACUGAUACGCACACUAAGCGGGUCAUAUUAGCAACUAGCACACCGUUCGCCGACACGAUUGUUCGCUCGCUAUAUCGAGAUCCCGACGUCGAACUUCGAUUAAUCGUUCUGGAGGGCUUGGGUGUUGGACAAAAGGAAAUGGACAAUGUGGAAUGCUACGAGGACACACCGCAGCGAGUUACAGACACCACCAGUCAAACGUUGCGGGGCCAGUUUAAUAUGACAGCUGCAAACCUUGCGGACUGGGCAGACUUGUUGAUUAUAAGUCCCAUGGAUGCCGGAACGCUUGGGUCAAUGGUUUGUGGAUUAACUACGAGCCUUACACUGACGCUGUUGCGAGGCUGGGAUGUUUCUAAGUCUAUUAUUCUUGUUCCAGGGAUGACCACCCGCCAGUGGGUUGCGCCUAUCACGCGGAGGCAUCUGGACGAUAUCCAAGUCUUUUGGCCAUGGGUCAAAGUGCUGCCGCCUAUUCUCUCCAAGUUUGAAGCUCCUGAUCGCCUCGCCGAGCUACCGUGGGAUGGGAGAGAGUCGUUUUACGAUGAGAUAAAAAAGGCUCUGGGAUGGUCUGUGGGAACAGGUGUAGAUGGUAGAAACACCCCUUCACAAGAAAUUGAGAUCCCUGGGAAGGAAAACGGACUGAAUGAGAAACAAAACGGGAUGAUACCUCCCAGCAUGAACCUUCAAUCAAGCGACAGCUUCUCCUCACAGACAACAAUUACACAUCCGACUCCAACCCAGACUGCUCUUCCUUCCGAAAUAUUAUCAAUGAUCUUUGAAGCUCUCGGCGACUGGGAAACUGCGGCCGCCGUAGGCAUCUACACUCAAUUACCAACUCCAGACCAGUGGAAACCUUUAAUACCCCGUUCACAUUCCUCCCAAUGCACCCUUGAAUAUGCCAUUCUAAAACGGCCGUUCUCUGAAAUCGAACAAUACCUCUCUUCAGCCUCGCCGUGGAAACCACUGUCCUCAUUAUCCGCCCAUCUUAUUCUCAAAUUUUCUCGCAUAGAUAUAUUAGACUUGAUUAUUACUUCUCGAUCAGAUAUUUUCUGGUCCACUCCUCGGCUUCUAAACCUCCCAUUCCGGGCUUCGGCUAUAUAUGGCAAUACUGCCCUCCUUGACUGGUGGCUUCAUUGCCCUGAACUACCAAAGAAAGACUACUUGACAGAUGCGAUGGACUCUGCUUCACGCGCCGGGUACAUCCAUGUCCUUGAUUGGUGGCGCAAUUCGGGCCUUCCGCUCCUCUACACCGAACGAGCACUGGAAUCUGCAUCAGCAGAAGGCCAUAUAUCUGUACUAUCCUGGUGGAAAAACGCAUCUGAAUGCUCCCCUGCGCAUUCUCUGCCUCUAAAGGUCGGUAAAUCAGUUAUACUAGCCGCACAAUCUGGGCGAACCAAUUCAAUAGCCUGGUGGGAUCAGUCGGGCAUACCCUACUCGUAUACCGAAUCCGUCGCUCGCAUUGCGAGUACCCAUGGCCACGUUCAUGUUCUAGAACUGUGGUACAAGCUAAAAGGCACGAAGAUGAUAUUUGAUAACCAGGUUCUUGUUGGUGCCACAAAAAACGGGCAUGUGGACGUCCUAGAAUGGUGGCGGAGAAGUGGGCUCCAUGUCGAGUUCAAGACGUGUGAUAUCGAAGAGGCCCUUGAGGAUGCAAUUGCCGGCUCAGAAGAAAAGGUACGUCGGUGGUGGGAGAGAAAUGGGUUGAAUCUAGGGGUUGGAACAAGUGAGUGGAUGAAAGUCAAGGUAUUAUAA